AUGGGAAAAGAAUCGAAGAGAUCGUUGCAACUUGGAGUAGUGAUAUUGUUUUUUGCCGUAAUACCGAGCAUGAUUGAGUCCGGUGUAGUCCCUGAUCAUGACAGAAAUACAAGUACUGGAUGCGAUGCUUCGGUUGGAGAAUGCAGCCGAGAAUUAGCAGAGCAGCUCGAUGACUACCAAGUAUAUCCAGGACCAGAACCCGGACCGUACUACUUCGACUACUACUACUAUUCUAGCGAAUAUGUAGCAUACAGAUCUCUCUUCCAGCCACCAGUCUGUAGUGGAAUAAGAUAUGGCAACUGCAUAGUCCCUGUGCGUGGACGGACGCGAGCUUGCUCCACUUACGACCGAUGCCAACGCGUUGGUUGGAAGGCUCGGAAUAGGACAUUGAAUGUCGCUAGACCACGUCCAACAGGAAAGACAGAAUGUAAGGCAAAGAUUAAUGCCUUAAAAGUUGAUGGAAAGUUCCGGUUGACAACAGUGAAUAAUACCCAUAACCAUGACCUUAGUCCAAAUAAGGCUCGCUUCUUUCGAUGUAAUAGAGAAGUGAGUGACUCUGUAAAAAGAGUCCUAGAUAUAAACGAUAUGGCUGGUAUUCGAAUGAAUAAGAGUUUCGGAUCUCUCGUCGUUGGCGCUGGUGGAUUCGAGAACCUCCCAUUUUUAGAAAAGGAUUGUCGUAAUUAUAUCGACAAGGCAAGACAUCUAAGGAUUGGUAAAGGUGGUGCAGGAGCGCUUCAAGAGUAUUUUUGUAGGAUGCAGUACAAAAAUCCUGGUUUCUUUGCACUGAUGGAUUUGGAUGAUGAGGGGAGGUUAAGGAAUGUCUUCUGGGCAGACCCUCGUAGUAGGGCAGCCUACCAAUACUUCGGUGAUGUGGUGACAUUCGACACUACAUACCUGACGAAUAGGUAUGGGAUGCCCUUUGCACCAUUUGUUGGUGUAAACCACCAUGGGCAAUCAAUUCUGUUGGGAGCAGGGUUGAUUUCCAGUGAGGAUACAGAGACUUUUGUUUGGUUAUUCCAGACGUGGUUGAAGUGUAUGGAUGGUAUCGCUCCAAAAGCUAUUAUCACCGAUCAAGACAAGGCGAUGAAAAAUGCAAUAGCUAUUGUUUUUCCUGAAAGCCGACAUCGACUGUGUUUGUGGCAUAUACUGAAAAAAGUGCCCGAGAAGUUGUCCUCCUAUGCUUCGUACAAAAGUGGGAUGAAGAAUGCAUUGAUGAAAUGUGUGUAUGACACGCAUACCAUUGACGAGUUUGAGAAAUCUUGGGAUGAGUUAAUCGAUACGUACCGCUUGCAUGAUAAUGUCUGGCUGAAAAGUUUAUACACUGAGCGUGAGUAUUGGGUGCCGGCAUUCUUGAAGGACUGUUUUUGGGCUGGGAUGAGUACAACGCAACGCAGUGAGAGCAUGAAUGCUUUUUUCGAUGGUUACAUUCAUGCUAAGACAAACUUGAAAGAGUUUGUCGAUCAGUUUGAUAGUGCGUUGAAAAAAAAAAUUGAGAGUGAAAAUAACGCGGACUUCUACUCAUUUAGCGUUACCAUUCCUUGCAUAUCUAGAUCUCCUCUGGAGAAGAGAUUUCAAGAGUUGUACACAAAUGCUAAAUUUAGGGAAGUUCAGAUGCAACUUACCGGCAUUAUCGAUUUGGAUCCAGAGUUACUUAAGAGGGAUGGUGCAGUAAAGACCUAUCAGGUAGAGGAUGAAGUUCGUGUGGAAGAGUUCAGUAAGUUGGUUACGUUUUCUGUGGACUUCAAUGAGGAAGAUGCAGAUGCUAAGUGUUCAUGUGGUUUAUUUCAGAUGAGAGGUAUACUGUGUCGGCACAUUCUCGCUGUAUUUAAGUGUAACGGGAGAAAAUCCCUGCCAGAGAAGUACAUUUUAGACCGAUGGAGGAAGGAUAUCAAAAGGAGAUACACGUUAAUCGAUAGCAGCUAUGAUGCAGGGGAUCAGCGGCCAGAUGCUUGCAGAUAUUCUAGUCUAUUAAAAGUCUGUUAUCAAAUGAUUACUUAUGCAGCGGGUUCAAAAAAACAUACUAAGGAUGCCACACAUAAGUUACAUGCAAUGAUUGAAUUAUAUAGUGAGAAUCAAGAACCUCCAUCAAUUACUCUCACUGGUUCUAAUGUUGGUUGUACUCAAAAUGACACACUCACUGUGGGUAGUUCAAAACAAGUGCUCAGUCCAUUGGUUGUCAGAGGGAAAGGCAGACCCCCAUCUCUUCGGAGAGCAUCCAAGAUGGAGAAAGAGAUGCGGAAACUUAAAGGAAAGACAAAGAAAGCACCAGUAAACCGGAAACGUAAACAGAGAGAUGGAGGAGAUACACCAGUGCCAGACACAUGCAGGAAUUUAUUUGGCCCAUCAGUGUUAGAUGUUUCCAAUCUUGUUCAAGACAAAUCAGCUGUUGUCAUUGAUGGAACCCAGAUUGGACAAACAGUUCAAUUUGGGUUGGAUGGAUCACAACCUAAACAACUUGGAUUAGAUGAUUCACAAUUGGAAACAUUGGGGUUUAUUGGUAGAAACAUUGGUGAAGGAUGUUCAAGAGCUGGAAAUGAUGUGAUGGAUUAG